AUGCUACUAAAAAAAUAUUUAAAAAAUCGUCGAAAGUUGAAAAUUCUUUUCCUGCUCAUGGUCAUUGUGCUAAUUGUGGUGACUGUAGUUGUGCUGAAUAUUUCACCGAAUGUAAGCUCCACUGAACGUGUGCUCGAUGAGCGUUUUAUAGCGCGCAUCUAUGGCGGCAGUGGCGUUGGCGUUGGCGUUGGCAGCGGUGGCGCUGGCGCUGGCGCUGGCAGUGGUCGCUUGGAGCAGCCACCUCUCAAGUCGCCCCGCCAAAAUGGCAUCAUUGUGCCAGAGAAAUAUGAUGAGCACAAGGUGAAAGCGCGCAUUGCCCAGCAACGCCUACAGCAGCUGAAGCAGGAGCAACAGCAGCAACGCAACGCCAUUGAACCGGGUGAGGAGCACACCACACUGGAUGCGGUCACCACGGGUGUGCAUAUCUUCUAUAGCGCGCCUGUCGCUUGGUAUAAAACAAAAAAGUCACAACAGCCACCAGUCGUGCCACAGUUGCAGUUGCGUGGCGCUGCCAAGGAACUGCUGAACGAUGUUUCCGAUGCCGUCCAACCGCUGCUGACAUCGACUGCGGCCACAGCCACUGUGAAGCCAGUGCGUAUACUUAACACCGCUUUCUAUCCGGCGCUGGGGUUGUACAAGCCCACCACCAACUUGCUGCAGAAGCAUUUCGAUAAUAUUCGCAAUUGCGGCAUUGGCGUGCUCAUACUCAGCUGCAGCGGCAAGGCAGGCGAGGUGGAACUCUAUCAGCAGCUGUUGGAGUUGGCGCCCGCCUACAAUUUGAGCAUCACUUUCGAGAUUAGCGUGGCCGGCAAUCAGAGCGUGGAGUUUUUGCAACAACAACUGGAGGCAGUGCGUCGCUACUCCACCGCUGAGAGUUUCUAUCGCGUGUAUUCGUUGUCGCGUAAGCGUUUAGUGCCGCUGAUUUACGUAAGCAAUGCUUACAAGUUGAGCGAAACGCCAGCAGGACGUGCGCUGUGUCAAACGCAUCCUGAAAGCUUGCGUCGCAUUUUUGAUGCAUACUUUAUUGGGCAUAUUAGACUCAAAAACCACGUUGAUAUUAUGCGACGACUUUGUUUCGAGGGCUUCUACAGUAAAUUGCCGAGUAAUGGCGCCACCUUUGCGAGCACCUGGAAGAAUUGGUCCUAUUUGAAAUCAUUCGCAAUGACAUAUAAAAUGUUAUUUGUGCCAACUGUGGGACCAGGUUUUGCAGAGCGAAAUAAAUUUCCACGGCAUGGUGAUAUACAAAGGCAUCGCAGCAAUGGGAGGUACUAUGGUGUCGCUUGGCGUACGGCGAUUCUCAAUCACGUUGGCUUCAUUAACAUAGCCAGCUACAAUAACUGGCCGGAUGGCAGUCAAAUUGAGGAGGUCAUUCCGAAAGCUGGAUUUCUAGACUAUAAUCCUGGUGCCAAAACUAAGUAUAUAGAUUUAACUACACACUGGGUGGGUAAUUUCUUAAAGACACGUAAUGAGGCGGCCGCUGUUGCUGUUCCCGGUCAGCCGAGUUGUUAUGAAUUUUUGAAUAAUACGAUUUGUUGAAAAUAAAAAUUUAUGUAUGUAUGUUAGAAGAGUCAUACUCAUAUUAAAGUACAUGAGUAAGAAUACAUAAAGACAUGUUACAAGCAAUUUCAAAACUACUUAAGUAAAAAAAAAAAAUGUAAAAGAAAAACUAUCUGCAUAAAAUUUACAACUUUUGUAGUCAAAAACUUACAUGAGUAUACAUAUAAAUUACACUUAGCUAAAGCCCGUGGCUAUAUGCCAGCAACUAUAGUACAGUGGUCAUGUUACUUUCUUUAAAAAUAGAUGAUAGCAAAUAUUUACAUAAUAUACUUAGUACGUAAUUAUUAUCGGUAGAUAUUGAAGUCAUAUUAGAAUGGUUAGAAGAGAGCCAAAUAACAUUUUGCUGUGCAUUAGAAACUUUAUAUUUAUACUUAUUUACAUAAUACAUACAUUCAGAUACGUAUUUAUAUAUGCCUAGGUACUAAAAAAGUUAUCAACAAAAUUUGUGCGUACGGCUAAAUUGCAGUAUUUUCUGUUUCACUAACCGAUUUUUUUAUAUAU